CGCACAGCUCUUUGCAACAUUCAUUCAUCUCAUCUUUUGUUAAAGCAAUUUCAAACAACGAGCUUGACAAGAAACACGGAAAUACGCAUUGUUUUCUCAACAUGACAUCACGCGUUGGCCCCAGAGCUGUUGGCACCAAUGGAAGUGACUUUAAACACAGAGAGAAGGUGGCCCCACAUUACCAGAUGAGUGCUUCCUUGAAGUCAGAGGUGCGCAAGUUAAACAUAGUCCAUCUUCUGAUCUGGCUCCUGGUGGCUGCACAAGUGACUGUCAGCCACUUAAACCUGGUGUCACAUGACACAGUGUCCAUGCCGUACCAGUGGGAGUACCCCUACCUGCUCAGCAUCCUCCCUCUGCUCUGUAGCAGCCUGUCACUUCCAAAGAACAAUAUCAGCUACCUGGUCAUAUCCAUGAUCAGUGCAGGGCUGUUUUCUGUGGCACCUCUUAUUUAUGGUGGAAUGGAGAUGUUUCCUGUAGCACAGCAGCUCUACCGCCAUGGGAAGGCCUACCGUUUCAUUUUUGGCUUCUCUGCAGUGACUGUUAUGUACCUAGUCAUGGUGGUUGCUGUACAAGUGCACGCAUGGCAGUUAUAUUACAUGAAAAAGCUUUUAGACUCGUGGUUCAACGCCACUCAGGAGAAGAAGAAGAAAUAAUGGCGGAAAGAAAGCUGUGACUGGGCAAAACUGUGUUUUUAUCUUAAUUUAUACAUGAUUAAUGAGUCUUAUUUGUGUUUAGUUAUUCAGUCACCAUUCAUCAUGGAAAAUCAUACCUUAGCAACUAGUGCUCUCUGUAAAAUAGAGGAAGAUUUCAAAUUCAUCCAGGAAUCUGGAGUUGUUGUUUUUACACAUGUAAAACUGAUGAUAAAUGUCUAGCUCACACAAUCAGGAGUGGCAUUAAAGCAUCAUCAAUAAACACAGCAUUCAACCACCUCACACCCUGUUCAACACAGAGUCUGGACUUCUGCUUUUUUCCUCACAGAGAAAGAGGUCAUUUAGGACCAGGACAUUGUUGUCAUCUCUCUAAAAAUGUCGCCAUGAUUGAACCGAUGUAGAGGUGUUCAUACUUAUGGAACAGUGACAGCAUGAACUGUUCCAACACAUAUAUUUUGCUUAAUGUAUUUAUUAAAGGAAGCAGGUUUGCCUCUGCUGCA